AUGUCCGACCAGUCAAUUCUUAUUCCUUUGGCACCAAAUGUACAUUCUAAACCAAAAACCAAGGUUUCUGUCGUUGGUGUCGGGUCUGUUGGCAUGGCCAUUGCCUUCUCAGUUAUGACAAAAGGUCUUGCGAACACCUUAGCUCUCGUUGAUUUUGACGAAAAUAAAUGUCUGGGCGAAGUUUUGGACAUGCAACAUGGGUCACAAUUCUUGCACGGAUGUAACGUAAUCGGUGGUAAAGAUUACAGCUAUACCAGCCAUUCCGAUGUCGUUUUUAUCGCUGCUGGCGUUCGUCAGGCUGUUGGAGAAUCGCGUCUGAAUCUUAUCCAAAGAAACGUAGAUAUCUAUAAGACAAUAGUUGCUGAAGUUGUUAAGUACAGUCCGGACUGCAUUAUUGUCGUUGUUUCGAAUCCAGUCGAUGUUCUCACCUACGUUACCUGGAAAUUGAGUGGUCUGCCAAGAAACAGAGUUAUUGGUUCCGGAACCAUCUUAGAUUCUGCUCGUUUCAGACAUAUUUUGGGUCAGAAGUUAGAUAUUGCUGCUAGUUCCAUUCAUGGUUAUAUUAUUGGUGAACACGGCGACUCAAGUGUUGCCGUUUGGAGUCGUGUUUCUGUUGGAGGUGUCAAUCUGAGCAGUGUCUACCCUAAAUUUGGUGAAGAGGGUGAUCCCAACAACUUUGUUGCUGUGCAUAAGGAUGUCGUUGACAGCGCUUAUGAAAUCAUUCGUUUGAAGGGCUACACCUCAUGGGCUAUUGGCCUUUGUUGUGCAAAUCUUUGUGGUGCUCUUCUCAAUGAUCGCAACGUUGUUAUUCCCCUGACAACCAACGUCAAAGGACUAUAUGGCAUCAAUGACGACGUCUUCUUGAGUGUGCCAUGUGUUGUGAGCUCAAACGGUGUCACUUCCGUUGUCAACUUGAGUCUCACCGAUGUUGAGAAGGAAAAACUUCUACAUAGCGCCAAAACUUUGGCUGAGACUGCUGCUGGAAUUAAGUGGUAA